AUCGAUAACAAUCUAAAAUCUCUUGCUUCUUUCAGUUGCUAUGGAGGAUUUCUAGCAUUACGACCCACUUCUCCUCUCCACUUCCACCUUCUCUUCUCGUUGGUGGAGAAAAGCUCCCUCUUUUUUCAGUCUUGCCUUUUCCUGGCCUAUUUUUUCUGUUCUUGGCUUGUUCUUGUUCAUGUUCACAGUUUUCCUGUGGAUGAAAUGUGCUUUUGGGUUCUUUGUUCCUUGAUGUAGAACCGGUGGCGCGGCAUUUACAGAAAUUGGAUAGUGGAGGGGGUAUUUAGAGUCAAGGAAUGGGGACAAAAGUUCAGUUUAAAAGUUACAUUCCUAUACACAAUGUGAUGAGAAAUAAAAAUGAGCAUUCAAGCAACAGCUGGUCCUGGUACUAUCAGGAUAAUGCAUUAAGUGGUCAUCUCUAUGAUGGGUCAUUGUUAAGAGAAGCAAAUGGCUAUUCACUGUGCGAUAAAGAAAUGCUAAAGCGCACGAUGCUUGAACAUGAAGCUACUUUUACAAAACAGGUAUCUGAACUUCACCGACUUUAUAGAAUACAGAAGGAAUUGAUGAAUGAGCUUAAAAAUAGAGAAAAACUGAAACUCUGCAGUACAUUUCAGACAAAUUUAUUUGCUUCCCACAUGCUAUCUGAAGCUACGGAGGAAUUACAGCAGAUGCCUUACGUUUCUGCACUAAGCAGCCAUGGUACCACAGGCAGUGGUAUGGAACUACCCUUAAAACAUUUUAAAGAAAGUGGUACAAGAUAUUUUCAAAUACCAGUAGAAACUGCAGGUCCUUCUAUCGAGGGUAAUUUUUAUGACCCUAAAACCAUAAAAUUUCCCAGAAAGAAUUUUGACCUCCACCUUCCAGCUGAAGUGUACAUUGAUAUCGAUGACGACCCUAUAACAGAUAAACAGAACAAGCCUUAUCUCAAAGUUGCUAAUCCAUCAAGCAUAACACAUAAUGCAGAUGAUGAUAAUAAUGUGAGGUUGUCUCCCAGGAGCAAAGCUGAUGGCAGUAUAAAUGGUAAUUCGAUGCAAAGUAUACAUCACAGUCUCGAAAAUGUCUCACCAAGAGUGGUAUUGGAUGAUCUCAAUGAACCUUUAAAACCUUCGAGCUAUGAGGAAGGAGGAGACUUCCAUUUUUCCCAAGUUAUUGGCUCAUCAAUGGAACAUGAAGAGAUUAUGAAAGAUCAGCUCCAUUCAAACAAAAGUUCUUUGUGCAGGGAUUUCUUCUUGGGAAACCCAAGGCGAAAACAGACAGCCUCUAACUCUGUAAUAUCAGAUAAGGUGGAAUGCCUCCAGGGGUGGCAAUCAUCUACCACUGCAUCAGGUAAAAUUAGAAGCACGGCAAGUGGUUCUCAUGGUGGAUUAUGUGAUAAGGUGUUCUCAGUCAUAUCUCAACUUGUAGAGGAGAAACCAAAUAAUUGUGACGAGUAUGAUUUAUCCAGGCGAAAAAAGAGUGAUAAAUGGAUUGGAGAAACUCCAAGUCCUGAUACUGAACCCUUUAAAAGUACUUCAAAGCUGCCCAACUUGAACAGUUCUGAGUUGCUUGUUUCUCAAGUUCUUCAUCCAUUAGCAAAAUUUUCUCACUUGGAUGAUUCAAGUAUUUCAUCUGCAUCAUUUUCAGCUUGGAGAAAUCUAAAUGGUGUGAAACAAAUACCAACUGCGGCUCAGCUACUUCCAAGUUUCAAUGAUUAUGCAGUUAAUAAUUGUAGGAAAACUGAUGCAACUUUUCAGAACCCAUGCAAUCCAUGUGAUAAUGUACAAUAUGUUGAUGGUAAUUUGAAGAAGAGAGUCAAAGUGGACUUAUCUUCCUGUCAGAAUGAUUUUCAUCAGGAUCUGAAAUUAGAUAGCAUUUUUAAUACACAGACAUGCCUCCCACUAAUUAUUAGUGGAAAAUCUAGCCAAACAAAUUGCUUGGAUAAUGUAACCCUUGAGAACUACAAUGUUCCUGCAGAUCCAGAGUGUUCUGGUGUGAAACAAUCAUUGGUGCCUUCUUGGCUCAGAAAAACACAAGCUCCACCUGACUCUGCAGGUAUAGAACAAUCUGCCUCUCAGCUUAUGAGCCUGAUAUCUGACCCUAAUGUUGUGGCUCCAUCAGUCAACGAGCAGAAGAAUAACAAGAAAGUUUCUGCUUCCAUCUGUACCCUUGUUGACGCAUCUUCUUCCUUGCCUGUAAUGGAAAGGAAUGAAGCGUCUUGUAGCUUGAGCAGCAAGAGAAUUUUGCAAUUUGAAAGCAUUCAACAAGGUGUCGAGUGUGACUUGAGCAGUGUAGACUCUCUUGCUAGCUUGCCUAAAGAUAAGUUACCAUCAUCUCUCCCCACGGCAAAUUUCUCUACUAAAAUUUCACCCAAGAUUGAUCUGGAAAGACUAUUAAAUGCUGCUGAAGAAAAAAGCAAAAAGGUGAAUUGCAAUUUGAUUACUGCCAAUAAAGAAGCUGACCUCAAGCUAAUAAAUGGCAAUCAUGAGGUUCAUAUUAGAGAGGCAGCAGAAAAUCUUGUUGCAAUGUCAUUACUAAUCGAUAAUCAUUCUCAUGAUAUUACUUGUCCAUCAAUCCCAAAUUCCUUUGAUACUUUAUAUUGGUUUGCAAAUUUUAUUACAUCAACAGAAGUGGGUACUGGAAUCUCUGGAGAACAACCUUCGCAUUUUGAUGAUGAGGUUGAUGGCUUGGAUUUGUUUGAAUACAUGACUCUGAAGUUGAAAGAAAUUAAGGAAGAUGAGUUUUUCCAUAAACUGCAAGAAAAUCAGAAUUAUGAUGAUACAAGCUCUGCUUUGAUGCCUAUAAGUAGAUCUCAAAGGGGUCUGGCAAGGAAAAGGCGGCAACGAAGAGAUUUUCAGAAGGAUAUAUUACCAGGCCUCACAUCAUUGUCCAGGCAUGAGAUUUUUGAGGAUCUUCAGAAUUUUGAGGGUAUAAUGAGAGCUUCAGGAAAGUCAUUUAAGGCUGGUUCAUCAAAAAGGAGCACAAGCCAUAAGGCAUCAAAAUGGCAAUCCAAAGCAAGACAAAGGCUUAGAAGUUUAGCUAUCACUGUUACUAAAGCGAAAGUUGGCUCAUUACAAAACAAAGAUGCAAAUAAUAAACAAGAGAUUAGUACAACAGGUAUAUUGGGUUGGGGAAGGACAACAAGGAGGUGUCAUAGGACGAGACUUUUGCCAGGUAAUUUAUCGGUUUCCUUAGCAUGAAUUCUUCACAAUUAGAUAAUCUCGGUGGUCAUGAAUCAUAAUAUAUAUAGAGAAAAAAAAUGCAGGUGUGAAUUUUCAGUGCAUUGUAAAUAUUCUCAUGUUUUCAUUAAGGUUUUAUUAUGUGAUUUUUAAGUAAACAAAAUUUGUAUAUUUUUAUAACAAAGUCAACAUUUAUCUUUUUUGUCAAAUGGAAAAUAGAAUUGUUGACAUUAAA